AUGAUCAAGGACAACUACUCCACCGACCGGGUGCUCGAACUAGCGCAGUACACUCGAGAGAAGAGCUGGGUCCACAUCGCCAUGGUCCUACUGAUCACCCCACUACCCUGUCUAACCAUCACAGUGCUCAGCGACGUGCUGCCUCUCGAUGAACCGUCCGAAGGCCUCAAGGCUAACAAGAUGUUCCAAGUUCAACAGUUCUACAGCUACGUCGUCAUGAGCUUCCUGUGCGCGCAGCAGUUCCGCACCAGCGUCCGAGCGCUCCCAUACCCGAACCGGAACGUGAUCAGAGACACCGCCAUCGUUGCAGCUCCCAUGGCUGCGGUCUUGUACGGAUUCGCCUCGUGGUUCGGCUUCCCGACCCCAUUCUCCAUCGUCAUCGCGAUGCCCGUCUGGGUCGUGAUCAUCACUGUGGCCAUGGCGAUCGAGUGGCUCCGACCUAUUCAGCAGAACCCGGGGACGGGCACGAUGGUGAUCAACACCAUCAAGGUCUGGCUGUGUGAGGUGCUGCUUGUAGUCACCUACCCUCCGUACUACUACGUGUUCACGACGCUCUCAAGGACGGGGCAACAUACAUCGACCGAGGUACUGCCGUUUUUACUUGGAUUCGUCAACACAACGCUGGAGGAGCGCUGCUGCCUCUGA